AUGGGUUUUCUAAAUUACGUGUGGCGAAAACUUACCCCUACGAAGCGGUUAGAAAUGACCAGCGGAAAAUUCGAACUGGUUUUUUUCGAUUCUAUUUAUCGAGCUAUGUAUUUGACAGGUCUGUCCCAAUGCGAUAGAGGAUUUUACUUGAUUUACAGAUACGCAAUCAAGUGUAUGAUAUUUAUAUUUGUCCUGAGCGAGGUGUGGUUUUUUGCUGUUGCGAAGAAUUCGAAGGACAGAAUUGAUAACAUAAACGUUACACUGCAACAUUUGUUUACGUACUACCGGUAUUGGACGAUGAUGAAAAACAUUGACAUCUAUAAGAAACUGGCAAAGGCAAUGGAGUCACAGUAUUUCGACACCUCGACCCCAGGAAGGCAGCUGAUCCUACAAUACUGGAUUAAUAACAAUGAUCGAUAUUUCAAGAUCUUAAUAACUUUAGGCACUUUCUGUUUGGCGGUUUGGUAUCCCUGUCAACUCUUCGAUGACGUGGAAUACAAUUUAGUAGCUGGCUUGAAAAUCCCAUUCAACUACCAGACACCGAGUCGCUACGCCGCCACAUACCUGGUUGCAGUUAUCUUUUUCCACUACACGUCCUACUUCACUAUGGUGAAUGAUUCGAUAAUGCAAGUGCACUUGAUGCAAAUGUUGUGUCAAUACGACGUGUUGGCAGAUUGUUUCGAGAAUAUUCUCGUUGACUGCAGACUUAAUAAAAAUAAUUUCCAUACCAAUGAGGCAUUUAUACAAAAAUAUAUAAAGCGACUCGGGGAUUUAGUAAAACAACACAACAUGAUUCUGAGCAACACGUCGGAACUACGCAAGAUUCUAAGUGUGCCCAUGUUAGUGCAACUAGGAGGGAACGCGAUGGUCAUUUGUUUCUCGGCGUACCGAGUCACCAUGGCGGUGGGAGUCGAGUUCCUGAAAAGUCUCCUGCAUUUGGCUUACAGCAUGAUUAUGCUAUUUAUACUCUGCAAAUGGUGCGACGAGAUCAAGGUGCAGGUUAGUGGCUUACGCAUUGGCGAUGCAGUGUACUUCAGCGGGUGGGAGGAAAUGGCGAAGGUGCCGGGCGUGCGAGCUCGUCUUAUGAUGGUGGCUGCACGCUCGAAUUGGCCUUUGGCGCUCACUGCUGGAGGGAUUUAUGAUUUGUCACUCCGAUCUUAUACUACAUUAAUAAAGACGUCAUACAGCUGUCUCACACUUUUACUUCAAAGUCAGAAAGAUUAA